UUCACCACAAAAGUGGUGAGUUCGCGUAGUCACCAAACUUUGUAGUGUCGGAGGUGCGUUUCGUCUGCGGGAUUUUUGUGAUUUUCAGCAGGAAAAAAUGGUUUUCUUCGUGUGAAAAGUGCUGAAAAGUGUACCCGGAGGUCCAGUGAAGUGAUUGUGGGUAGAAUUGUUGCAGUGGAUGGUGCGUGAGGGGCGAAAAGUGGCUGGAAAAAAUCCACAGGUUGUCAAAAAAAGAUUGGUGUCAAUCAGCAGGCAUUCCAGUGAAUUUUCCACAUUUUCACCUCAGAAAUUUCCCCCCUUUUUGGAGCUGUGCAACACAAUGUUUUCCACGGAGCGUUUGGUCCAGAUGUCCUCAGAUGAUGAUAGUGAUGUAGAUCUCGUGGUGGAUUAUUUGAGCAUGAACAAAGAUGUGGAGAAUUCGACGCAGACACAGGAUGUGAAUAGUGUUCAAGGGAAAUCGGGCACUGGGGAACAGAGGCAGAAUAAGUGUUCUGUGAGAAUAAAGAAUAAUUUGAACAACAAUAACAUGGUUCCCAUAAUUAGUGUAACACCUCACAGUCCAGGUGCAAAGUACAGUGGGAUCCUAGAGGAUCCCCUGAAUCAAUUGCAAUGCAUCAGAGAGAGUUUGAUGCAAAUGAAAAAUCCCGGAAUUCACAAUCAGACAUUUGGUGCAGCAAAUUUUGCCAAUUCACUGAUGCAAUCUUCAAGACUGUUCUCGUCGUGUCCAUCACUGCCUGACCUCUCGAUGGCCACUGCAAAUAGCAACAACAUGUGGCCAGCUCAGACUGCAAUGUAUGGACUGAAUACGGACCGACGAAAAUCAUGGACAGCCAUUGAAGAUCUCACAGAGUGUGCUAAGAAUUCCAACAAGAGUGCUAGCCUUUCGAGUGUGGACAGUGAGGAGAGUCUUCGAGCUGCCGAUAGACUUCAGAAUCGUGGCAGUCGAAACAGCACAGGAGGCAUUUCGACGCAUUCACUUAAUGAGGCAGAACUUGCUAGAGACUUUGAGAGGAUUCUGGCAAAGCGCAAUUUGGCGCCAAUCAUUUGCCGUAUUCCACUGCAAAAGAGCAUCUCAACACCUUCAAUAGCUCCUGUCAGGAGUCAAAAUGCCAAAGAGGAAAAAACAGUUCCCACAUCACGGCACCUAUCUGACAGUGAGGAUGAAAAUCAGGACGAUAGAUCUUUGCUUAGUGUACGAGAUAAAAACGAAGUUUAUGCAGAUCAUCCGGAAAAACGCCGAAAGAGGGGAUCACUGUUUUUCCGGAAGAAAAAGGACAAAGCCAAGGCAAAGGGUCAAUCAACCAACUGUGAUGUUUGUGGAGCUGUUAUCAAUUUAUCAUCGUACAAGGAGCAUGCAAUUGAGUGCAAGGCCAAAAUAGCCAAAAGUCAGCAUGGUGGAAAGUCUGGAUCGGGAAAGAAGUCAUCAUCAAACAGCCAUGGUACUUCACAUCAAGACAACCACUCGAGAGAUUACUAUGAGCUACAUGGCCAGGGUGAUCAUAUAAACUACUCGGAUGAUACACCUCUGAUUCGGGAUGAAUUUCUCUAUGAUCCACCAAUUGGUCCGCAUGAUUUGGGAGCUGAUCCAAUUCUCGGGAUGGCUAUUGAUGAGCCAGAUUCAUGGAGUCCAAGUGUCCCUCGGGAAGUGGUAAAAUCCCUCAAAGAUAAACAGGUCAAGCGUCAAGAACACAUUUAUGAGUUUAUCAUGACAGAAAAGACUCACUGUCAGAACCUCCUGGUAAUGCAGAAGGUCUUUGUAGAGAGUCUCCAGAGGCAUUUUAAUCAUUUGAAUCUGGAGAGGAUGUUUCCAUGUCUCCCUGAGCUUAUUGACCUCCACACGAGCUUCUUGCGAAAGUUGAAAGUGAAACAGAGAGAAAGUUACAUAGUUGACAGCAUUGUCGACAUUAUGUUGGACUUCUUUUCGGGAUUGUCCGCUCAGAGACUCAAGAAUGCCUAUGGGGAAUUUUGUUCGAACCAUCGAUCGGCUCUUGAAACCUUCAAGUGCUACAUGACGGAAGAUCAUACUUUUUCUGAGUGGUACAAACACUGUCAGACGAAUCCGUUGCUGAAGAAAAAGGGUAUUCCAGAAUGUAUCCUCUUUGUUACUCAGCGUCUCACCAAAUAUCCCUUGUUGAUUGAUCCUCUGCUGAAGAGUUCGCGUGAAGAUAAGAUUGAGCAGGAAAAGUUGCAGAAGGCAAUGUCUCUGGUGAAGGAGAUUUUGGUGGAUGUAGAUGCUAGAGUUGCUGACAAAGAUAAAGAGGAAAGGCAAUUGAGUAUCUUCAAGAAGAUCGAUGCAAAAUCCUAUGCAAUCUACAAGGAGGAUAAAUUCAAGAAAUCCGACAUAAUAAAUGCCAAUCGGAAGCUGAAAUUUGAGGGUGUUGCUACAUUAAUGCAGGGAAGAUCAAAGAUGCAAACAGUCCUUGUGGUUGUCCUGUCGGACUGUCUGUUCUUUCUUCAGGAAAAUUCUCACAAAUAUACAUUUUUCACGCCGGAAAACAAAGCUGGAGUUGUUUCGCUGCAGAAACUACUGAUCCGGGAGAAGGCUGGUACUGAAUCCCGUGGCAUCUACAUCAUCUCCUCCAAUCCAACGUAUCCAGAAAUGUAUGAGCUCAAAGUACAAAAUCCCAAGGACAAAAAUAUCUGGAUUCAGGCAAUAAGGGCUGCAGUUCUCGAUUGUCCAUCGGAUGAAUUGGAGCCUGAUAUGACGGUGGAGCAGAAGCAGAAGCUUAUUGAUGCUCGCCAGGCGAAUGUCCGAGAGAUAAUCUAUAAAUUGAGACAGAAGGAUCUGGAGCAGGCAAUGAUCCUGGAGGAGAAGAUUGCGCUACAGUUGAGUCUGUGGCUAGAUAGUCAGAAUGCAGGGGAGGGUGGCAAUCAGAUGGGAGCUGAUGAGUUCCUGGCCAAUUUUGGCUCGUACCGCGAACUCGUAACAGAUGACUGUGAUACCAUUGAGAUUUGGAAGCGUGUGCUGUACACAGUGCAGGAAAUUGGUCAACUGGCAGCAACUCUCUAUUCAGCUGCAACGGGAUUGCCUCUGUCGCGAUCCUUCAGUUCUGUAGGAGAGAAGCACAGUGAGAUGUAUAUCUCUCCGACUCUGCCUAAAAGGGCAGAAACCUUUGGGGGUUUCGAUGAGAGGCGCAAUAAACAGAGCAAUCAUCCGUGGAGGGAUGCUGUUCUGUCGACUCUGCCCACGGGUGUUAUAAUGGGUCAGAAGAGAGAUUCGAUGACAUCUGAAGUUGAUUCGACACUAUCACCAGCUUCGCAGAAUUCCAAGUGUAGCAGCGAGAAUGUGUCCAUAAAGGAUCACAAUUUUGCUGCUCUGCAAGUUUCUCACAAUCUCCACACGCUUCUGUGCAUCAUUUCGCAGCAAAUGACGACAAUCCAGAGUCUCCAGGCGCAACUGAUGAGCUUCAAGGAUACCAGCAAGAAUCUCUAUCGGCACAAUGAUCAGCUGGAAGAGGUGAGAAAUUUGCUGGACAAAUUGCAGGAGCAGAAGACGGAAUUCAUGAGGUAUGAGAAGCAGAGGGUGACGGAAUUGGAUGAACGAGAGCAGAGGCAGAAGGAGGAAUUGAAGAAGGAAUGGGAACAUAUUCGAGCUGAGCAGGAGGAUAUUAAGCAGCAGAGGGAGCAACUGUACAGAAAGAUGGAGAUUCUGUCCAAUCAAGGACUCCUUCUUUCACCAAAUGUUGCUCUUCCAGUUCCCGGACACGUCAAUCAUCCCGAUGAUGGACACUCUACGCCUCACUUGAAGGACGCCGAAAGUCAUGCAGACAGUCAAGGUGUUGAUCGUCGCAAAGACAAAUGGAGAUCUUCCAGCACAAUUGCUUUUUUCUCAACAGUUUCCAAGACACAUCCAGUAACUCUGCUCAGUGCAACGAAUGCCCAGAAAGGAGGUCAGACGAGUGUCAAGCAGCAACUUCCUCUGAAAUUAUCUUCAGUGUCCAGCACAAAAUCUUCCACGGAGAAGACAAAUGUGUCCAGUAGUGCACUUACAUCACCACCGAGUAGCAAUAGUGCGAAUGUCACACAAAUGUUUCCACUAAAACUAGCUGAUAAAAAAGUUCCAGCGGCAUCUUCAGUGAAUUCCAAUCACUCACGGACAGGAAGUAGUCCGGCUGUUAUUCAACAGCCAUUAGCAUCUCAUGCAGGCAAUCCACCAUUAAAGACGAAUACAUAUCCCAAGAUUCCGGAGAGGCAUCGCCUUCGGAGCACUGAUGGUGCUUUCACAAGCAAUUCCGGUGGUCAGGCGACGGUUGUUCAGCAGCAACGAAGCAUGUCCGUGUAUGCCCAGCUCCCAUCCACAGUAACACCGCCCCAGCCACCACCACGUCCCGCCGCCAGAGAGCAACCUCCUCCGACGACCGAGGAGGAGGUGAUCUAUUUCUGAUGACCGGCCCUCGAGGUGCAGAUUUAAAAGGAGAAGAAGAAAAAAAUGCAGGUAACAGCCCCGAAUCUCAGCAUCAUUCCUUUUUUUUUGCAAAGUAUAACUACAAUAAUUUAUUUUUUGAAUCAUUUCAAUGACCCUUCUCUUUUUUUUUAAUUAAUCUUUAACAAUUUACUAGCAUAAGUUUAAAAUGCAAUAUUUUUUUUCAAUAUUAAGAAAUCACACCCAUUAAUUUAUAUUAUUGUCAAUAAGAUUGAAUUUAUUAUGCGUAUUUCACUUUUUAAUUGUAAGUCUUUUACACUUUUUUCUUUUUUUUUUAAAUUAUCGUGAACUCCAGUAUUGUUUUGUCCCCUUUGAAAUGAAGGUUAAUGAGAUAAAAAUUUGAUAGUGAAGAAUUUAAAACAAAAGGCAAUCUAUUUAUUUAAAUGACAGAAAAUCAUCCUAAAUAAAUAUAAUCACAGUGUUUUAGUGAAAAACAUAAAAGUCUGUGUUGAAAAAGAACUAUUAAUAGAUGAAGAAGAUGAAGGAAAAACAACUCUGCUAAAUGGUACUUUUUUCAGAAAAUAAUUGUUAUUCAUGUUGAAAAAGAAAAGAGAUAAAGUCACGUAAUUGCAACUUAUUAAUAUUGAUGAUUGGAGAGAUAAAAAAAAAUCCUAUAAGACUUUAAUUUUCCUCUUUGAUGACGUAAAAAAGAAAAACUGAAAAAUCACAAGCAAUUCUUAAGCUUUCAUUUUUUCAUAUCAAAAAGAAAAAGAAAAAAAGAUAAAUUCAAGCGCAAGAUGAAAAAGAAAAUUCUUCGUUAAAAAGUUUAAAAAAAAGAAAA